CACAGUUUGAGAGUCUCGAGCCAGUUUGAUUAGAACAUGUUUUUUGCUGCUUUUCCUGUUAAUAUUUGUAGUGGUAGAAACAUUGCUUUGGGAUUUUCCAAGAGACUUUUCUCGCAGACCGGUUUUGCCAGAUCUCAUGUUGGGUCUCAACCGAUUAUUCUUCCACCAGAAGUUCAAUUUGAAAUACAAAAUUUAAAGCAUCCUAAGCGUGUAGUAAAGGGAAGAGACAGGGUAUAUUUUUCAAGAGAAGUUUUUGUUACAGGACCUAAGGGAACACAAAGAUUGGUGAUACCAGAUCAUAUUCAAACGAAACUAGAAAACGAAAAAUUGACAGUACUGGUUGAAGAUCCUACCAAAAAGAUCCAAAAAUCCAUGUGGGGUACAAUUCGUUCAAGAAUAAACAACGAUGUUAUUGGAGUGACAGAGGGACACUUGUGUAUAUUGAGAUUGGUGGGUACUGGUUAUAGGGCUCAUAUUGAAGAUAGACCAGAUGGAAGUAAGUUUGUUGGAUUGAAAGUUGGGUUUUGUGUUUUGAAAGGAUUACCAGUUCCUGCAGGAUUACAAGUGUCGUCGCCAGUUCCAACUACAGUUAUCAUCGAGGGUAUUGAUAAACAACAGGUUAAAUUGUUUGCUGGCAAUUUGCGUCGAAUUCGUCCUCCAGAGCCAUAUAAAGGUAAAGGUAUUUAUAUUGAUGAUGAGACUAUUAAACUCAAAGAUAAAAAAAUCAAAUGAGAAAAGCAGAUAUUUGUUAUCUAUUUGUUUUUAUGGUUGCUUUUUUUUUUGCCAAACUUUUGUUUAUCAAUUUCUAUUCGUAAAUACUCAUAAACUCCUUUAUAAUUG